GGAAAAAAGAUUGCAUUCAAUAUCUGUCAAGUCUACCCGCUUAUAUCCAACUUAAAAGACUCCAAUGUAGAUGAGCAACUUAGCACAAUGCCCUGCAAGAUUUCUGCGAGGUUUUCGUGGCGUUCCAGCCGUUUUGACGCUCAACUUAAACCAUUUUAUACCUGAUAAUUAUGGGUAUCACUUUGAGUAGUGAACCGAAAACAUUGGAUAGCACCAAGCGUAAGGACGCUAAAAACCCGUCUUUUAAAGAAGCUAUAAUAAUUGGUAUUUUACCAAAUGGAUUUUCUCCUAGUUCUCUAACUGUUUUUUCUGGCCAGGCUAUUUGUUGGGAGUGGGAUGYAGAAGAUGUUGAUAUUGAACACAACAUUAAACAGGUGACUUUUAGUGAUCAUAUACCAAUACCUGUGCCUAAUGGGUUGUGUAGUCAGAUAGUGGGAUGUACAGGGUUCUAUGAAACUACCAUAAAUACUACAGGAACGUAUCAUUUUAUAAGUGAUGGACAUUCCAGUGUGCGAAUUGGAACUAUAAAGGUUAUAGAAUCACCGUCACAAACAAUCAAGGUGUCUGAUCAUAAAUUUUCACCCAAUUUUGUGGAAAUUGGUGAAGGAGAUUCAGUGACUUGGAAAUGGGAAACAGAUAAAGAAGACUUCUACAGAUUACAAUUUUGUCCAAGACAUUGUGGAAUAAUCACCUCAAAAGUGAAUCACACUCCUGGCAGCAACAAUGCAUCAUACACUGAAUGCUUUCAGAAUCCAGGGAUGUAUUACUUUACAGAGAACUCUAAAGAUGUUUGUAUUGUUAAAGUUGUAAAAAGAUCAAGGGAGGUUUCAGUCAUWAUUCAAGACAAUGGAGUUAAACCAUCAUUUGUAAAUGCUUAUGUUGGUGACAGGAUUUGGGUUAGGAAUGUCCUCACUAAGAAUGAAGGAGUUAUGAUGAUAAAGUCAGAAGAUGGUGGUGUCCUUGUUUCUUCAAGGCGUCCUGUUUUCAAAAUGGACAGACAACCAAACCUGCUGUCGUACUGUUUUUCCCUUCCUGGUAUUUAUAGAGUCACAUUCAUAUCUGGUUUGACUACUUUAUGCAGCCUUGUUCUUGUACAACCAAAACCAAGCGACUAUGUAGUCCAUGUAAACAAACAAGGAUUCUUAACAGAGCUCGGAAGUAUGAAACAGGGGGAUAGAAUCUGGUGGGUGUGGUCACAAAACCAGAAUGAAAAACAUGGAUUUCUAAUUUCAGAGACAGAGAGAAUGCUACUGGGAGACAACACUAGCAAUAAUGAAACAUGCCCUUGUACAGAUGAAAGAGAGCUUCUUWCCUCCAUUGGUCAAAUUGGUGUGAUGUCAUCAGUUACUGACACGCCAGGCCUGUUUUCUUAYCGAYUGAAGGAAAUAGGGGARUGGACACUAGCAAAGCAGUCACUUUGUUCUGUCAUUAUUCAAAGUGUUUCAAAGGACCAUAUUGUGCAAGUUAAGGAUCACACUUUUCAUCCUCAAAUAGUUAAUAUACAKCCAGGUGAUACUGUGACAUGGGUAUGGCGUGACACUAUGAAGUCACACAACAUCCAGCAGGUAUCUCAUGAGAGAAUGGAAGUGGAUUAUGGUUUCCAUAGUARCUGCCUCAGCCGCUCUCCUGAUGCAUUUAGUCACAUAUUUACUGAUCUUGGCAUUUUCUACUUUGCCAGUAGUAACGUGUGUGGCGCAUAUGGCGCAGUGAUAGUGACAGCAGGGAAUCAGGUGCAUAAGGUAGAGGUCACUCUUCAUGGUGUGGAUCCUGAUCCUGUGGGGGUGAGGGUAGGGGAUCUUGUUUGUUGGAGAUGGAACUGUGAUGAACGAUACAGCAUCAAUUCCAUACAGUCACCAGAAGAGAUUGAAGGCAUUGUAAAGAAUCAGCCCGUCCCUCCCCCACGACGCUGUUUGGCACAAACCUUUUCCAGGCCAGGACUUCAUCAUGUUGUGACGACAGCAUAUCUGCAAGAUGAAAAUGAGUCAACCUUCCGACCAUGUGAUUCAUUUCUCAACACCAUAUAUGUUGAGCAUGCACCAUAUUCAUCUCGUAUCAAGGUGUCUUGUGAUGGGUUCCAGCCUGACAUGGUUGUACUUGCUAAACAUGAUAGCAUUCUAUGGUACUGGGACAAUUCURAAGAAAAGCAUAACAUUGUACUGGUGGAGAACCCCAGAGGACGAGCUCGACCAAUCACUACCCAUGGUCCAUCUUUCUUUGAAAGUGGUCCUGUCGUUAGAUGUAGUAGUUUCUUUCAUACCUUUGACACACCAGGUUCUUAUUGGAUCACUUCACAUGGUACUGAUGGAAAGACCUGUCGCAUUGAUGUACUUGGUGAAGCAAAGCGGUUACUUGCACCUGUCAUCKCUAGUGGUAAUAAUGGCGGAAGUGUUGAAAAGGGGUACACGGUAAACCUAGUAUGUGAUGAUAAUGAUGUACAGAUACUAUACACUGUGGAUGGGACUCAACCAGGUCAACAAAACCCAGCCACUAAAGUAUAUGAUAAUGAGGAAGGCAUAGUUUUAUCCCAACCUGGUCUGUUUCUAGUACGAGCAUUAUCUACAAAAGAUGGCUGGAUUAACAGUAGAACGUUUACUUCAAGACGAUUUUGGGUCUUCUGCGAGGAAGAGAGUGAGGYAGAGCAGAAGCAUGAAGAAAACGAGGCCGAGCAGAGGGAUAAGGAUCAGCUUGAACUUAGAGAAGAGAUCUCUAACUGGCAGUGGUUUAGUUGUAUUCCAUCCAUCUCUUUCUUUUUUGUACAUGACAAUGUCAUACACAUUGAUAUCGUCUUAUCGAAGAUUGUUAAUCACUCAUUCAUCGCUGGAUUUCAACUUUACAUCAAUGGUUCUCCAUAUGGAGACUUGCUGAGAGCCAGCUGUCCUGGUGUACUGGUCAGCGGUCUAGCUGGUUAUAGAGUCUACCACAUGGUUCUUGUCGUAUUUCCAAAUAUGGAGCAAUUCCGUCCACAAUUGUCCAAUCAAAUAGUUGUUAAUUGUCCACCGUUGACAUCUGUCGGGGGUCCUCUCAUCUCCUUGGAAACGUGCAGUCGCGUCGAUGCUGUCGUCAUUGUAUGGGCAGCCAAUCACAGCUGUCAAUAUGCUGUUUUGAUUAAUGGUCAACCAAUGGGAGAACAGUUUUAUCCAGAACCUGACAUAACGUAUUGUCGCGUACUGUUUGAAAUGGAGCGUACAACUAAAGACGAACAGACAUUUAUGAUAUGUGUUGAGAUGAAACAAGAAAACAACCAGUCUUUGUUCUCCAACGAAAUCCAGCUUUCCCUUCCUCUCCCAGAAGAACUCGUCAACAUCAAUCAACCCCCAAAUGCUGCUAGUGAGCUUGUUUCAGACGAGAAUUUAUUCAAGGCUCAUAAUGAUGAAUUACAAAGUGCUGUCUCGUUCAAAGGAGAGAGCACUAGUAGCCAAGACCAAGAGAAACAUGAUAACAAUGACGAACAAGGUCAUGGUGACAUCCCAAGGGAGCCUGCAGAGCUGCUUAUCGUCUCCGAACUAUCACCCAAUAGCAAUGAUCCCGCGCCAAAGAGCGAGGUUUCUCAUGUUUAUAAGAAUAACCUUGAUACAAUUCACGAAGACAAACAACUGGAAAUUGUCUUUAUCCCGUUUAAUAAAGAAAUUGAUAAAGAGGAGAUUGCUCAAAUUAGCGAACAAGAUGGUGUUGAAGAACGUGAAUUGGUUGGUGGAGAACUGGACACAAAUGGUGGAGAAGGCGAUGUCGCUGAUGGACAGCACGACGACAUAACUGGAGAAGUACCCACUGAUACUGGUGAGCAACUCGAUUUUCGUGAAGAACCUGAAGAAACUGGAGAAGAAGCCAACAUAAGUGGUGAAGAACACAGUGAUACUGGUGAAGAGCCCAAAGAUACUGAUGAAGAACCCAGAGAUACCGGUGAAGAAUGUCCUGUUAGCGGCGGAGAUGUCAACCUCAGUGAUGGAAAACAAAAGGAGCAGUUAGAUAGUGAAAUUUCCACAAUUAAACAAGUCAUUGACAACGAAUCUUAUAGCAAAGAAGUCGAGGACAACGAUGACCUUGGUGGAGAAUUAAGCUUAUGUUGUUACAGCGUUGCUGUUUUUGUAAGAUCACGUGAUUCUCCAAAUAUGUACUUUCGGUCUGACGUCACCACAUUUACGAUGGCUGGCCGACCUAAAGCUCCCGUAAUCAGAGUCCUGUCUCUGAAGGACAGAGAGUGCAACAUAAGUUGGAGAGUCCCCUGUUCCUAUGGUAGUGCGAAAAUUAUUGGAUACAAGCUUGUUAUCAAUGGCAACCAACAUGGAGACUUGCUUCCUAGAGAUGCUGUACAGCAUAGAAUUGUCAAUCUAGAACAUGGUUCCUUCCAACAUGUCAGUCUCAUCGCUAUCACAGGUCACAUGGUAGGAGACAGCCCGUCAUCUAACGUUCUAACCAUUGCCUGUCCCUUCCCUCCCCCACCACCAGAAAUAGGCCAAUGUCUCAGCCCCAGUCCUAAUGCCAUUUCAAUAUCAUGGGCUCCUGUUUCCAUGACGACCGAUGUCAAYCAAYUAMGGCURUUGUCUAGCUACGAUGUGUUUGUUGAUGACGUAAKUCAUGGKUCUUGUCCAACUGGUGACGUCACAAACCUAUUCCAGGAUUCUUUUAUCUAUACUAUACCAGAAUGCGUUCCAGGAAGGAAGUAUUCCAUAUAUGUCAGAGGUCACGUGAGUCCACAGAUAAUCGAUUCCAGUCCUACAGCUUAUAUGUGUGGUUGCUAUGGUGAAAUUUCAAACAUUCUUCAAGUCAGCUAUGCAAAGCAGGCAGUUGCUGCUAGUCUUUUAGUAGACGCCAUAGAUGAAAAUAAAGUGGAGCUUUCGUGGAACGUGUCUCCUGAUGGUACCCCCCAUGGGAUUAAUGGUUACGUCUUACGGGUUGAUGGGCGUAUCCAUGGCAACGUCCUAGAUCCAGAAGCCAGAUCAGUAAAGCUGACAAGCCUGUCACUAGGCAACGACAUUAAUUUAACUUUGACACCACUAUUGGACCAAGAGCGAGUUGAACAGCCACAAGUCAAUCUAAAUUUCCCCAGCGAGGGACAAGACAGUGGUGUAGAAAGCAGCUCAAGUUUUGCUAUCGAUAAGCAUGUGGCGUCACGUGACUUGGGCCCGUCCUCGUGUCUCACGCUUCACCUAUGGGGC